CUCCCGAUGAGUUUUGAAGUUUUGUGUGGAAAGGAGAAUGAAUGAAAGUGCAGCAGCAUCGUCGUCGUAAACCGCAGACAGAUUUUUAGGAACAUUAUUCCACUGGGCAACCAUUAGAAAAGCAUUCUAAUUUCCUGUGACCGUGAUCGGGAUUCGAUUGUGCUCUUUGUGCGCUUAAAGUUUUUGCAAUCAAAGAAGGAAUCCAAGCUUUGGGGGAUUGAUCUAGAUUCGAGGUGAAGAGAUGAGUGGGCCAAUUUUCGGUAGCAGCAGCGCCCUCGGGGGCAGUUCCGGAGGCAAUCGCCAUCUGGUGGAGUUCCGUGCCGGAAGGAUGAAUCUGGUCAACAAGAUGGUCCACCCGGACAACCGGAAGGGGCUGGUUUACGUGUAUCAGGCCGACGACGGCUUGAUCCACUUCUGCUGGAAGGAUCGCACGACGGGAAACGUGGAGGACGAUCUGAUUGUGUUUCCGGACGAUUGCGAGUUCAAGAAGAUCGAGAACGUGAAGAAUGGGCGGGUGUUCCUGUUGAAGUUCAAGAGUUCGAGCCGUCGGCUGUUCUUCUGGAUGCAGGAACCGAAGACGGACAAGGAUGAGGAGUGGUGCCGCCGGAUCAACGAAGUGAUCAACAAUCCGCCGUCGUCGAACAGUUUGGGAGGUGGAUCGGGACGCGGCGGAAAUGGAAGCGACAAUGGGGACCUGCAGUACAUUAUGCAGAACAUGUCCCAGCAGCAGCUGAUGCAGUUGUUCGGCGGUGUCGGACAGAUGGGAGGACUGAGCAGCUUGCUCGGGUCGAUGAGUCGUUCUUCUUCGGAUAAUUCUAGCAGCCGGACCAGCACCACAACCCCCUCGAGCCGUAGCACUUUGUCGUCGAGCAAUGCGGGAAGCGGCACUGCGGUCACGACUCCGACAGCCACCUCCAAUUCGCCUUCGACUCCCCGCGCUCCCCGUAAGCAGGCUUCCGAUUCGUCCAAGUCGAGUGGAACCGCGGCCGCCACACCGGUCACAACCGGCGCCGGGGAUGGUACCAACGGUGGAAGCAGCACCAGCACCGGAAACCGUGUCCUACUGUCGGAUUUGCAGAACUAUCUGGCCGGAAUGAGCCCUGCUGCGGCCGGGGCCGGUCAGAGACGGAACGUUGACCUCUCCACCGCUGUCAAUACGGAAUCCCUGUCCUCGGUGAUGACCGAUCAGGAGAAGGUGGACGCCCUGGUGGAACAUUUACCCAACAUCGAAGGCGAUGAGAACAAGAAGCAGCAAUUGAAGGAAACCCUGUCCUCGCCCCAGUUCCAGCAAGCCCUGUCCAUGUUUUCCAACGCCCUGCAGUCGGGCCAAUUGGGACCGGUUGUGUCACAGUUCCAACUGAACGCAGAAGCCGUGGCCGCGGCCAACAGCGGUGAUUUGGAGCAGUUCGUCAAAGCACUGGAAAAUGCCCACAAAAAGAGCACCGAUUCCGAUAAGAGCAAGUCGUCGUCCACCUCCUCGGAAAGCACCGCCGAAACAACCGCCGCCGCCGCCAGCAAGGAAGAGAACGGCACUCCGGCGGCCAAAACCGAGAAAAAGGACGACGAUCAGAUGACGGGAUAGAUCCUCGAUUCCCCUUAGUCGUCUUAUACUGAUAGGGUUUCAGUUUUUUCUUUCCUUUUCGAGCGUGCACUUGAUGAGAUAACCUAUUGUAUUGUUUAAAGAAAAAAACAUAUUUUACUCCUAAUUGCUAACAUAACAUAAUCAGUACCGGAAGGGAAAAUCCAAUUCACACAUCGGAACGAGGCAGGACGGACGAGAGCGUGGAGUUUGCUUAUAGCGAUAAGUAGCAAGUCGUUUUCUUUUUUAACAAAGGCGUAAAUCUAAAAAUAGUCAUGUUAGAGGCAGUGCCAAUCGAAAAACAAUCUUCAGAGCAAGAACGGAACAUUUCCCCAAAAAAAUCCAAUCCAGUUUUUGAACAUUUGCUCUGUGUCAUUAAAUCCUUCAUCUCCUUGUCAGCUGUUUCAGUUCAGUUAGUGCCGUUCCAAUUCGAUAUCACAGGGCUAUUGAAUCCUAAGUCGAAGCUUCAUUAGAACUAAUCGGCAGCAAGCUUCGGAGCAAGAAAUCAGGCAAGUCCUACUACACACGACACAACAAUUGUAGACAGUCACAUAGGGAUAUAUCCAAUAAUCUAAACUACGAAUUGUAUGUUUCAACAAAACCAAUAAAACCCGUCAGGGAAUGAUUCAAC